AUGAAAAAAAAAAAACCAGGGGUUUCUUUCAUAAUCGCGCCGCUGAGAAAGCUUGCAGAUCAGCAUGUAGAGAGCGCAGAGAAAUUAGGACUCACCGCAAUUGCACUGGAAGCAAGGACCAUUAACAAGGAUGUUGCGAUUGCAAGUAUGAGAUAUCAAUUUGUUGUCCUGGGCCCCGAUUUGCUCCGAGGGAACCUCCUUAGACCACUCUGGAUGAAGGACAGCUUUGUCAGUAACAUUAAUCGUAUCAUUGUUGACGAGGCCCACUGUGCAGUCCAGUGGCUGUCGUUCCGAACAAAAUAUACGAACUUAGCCUGGCUUUACUCAUACCUCCGGAAUCGAUGCCAAUGGUACCUCACUUCUGCGACCUUGGACCCUCGCACAUGCAGAAAAGUAUUGUCAGCAAUUGGAAUGGAUCCAUAUUAUAGUGAUCACGGUGGGGAGACAACAAAAUGGUUGCGUCGUUCAAAUGACCGUCCAAACCUGCAUUAUUGCAUCCGUCAGAUGCAAUAUAGCAAGGAUUCUUGCAAUGACUUAGCAUUCCUUGUCCCACUAGGUUUGAAAGAAUCCGAUCCUCUUCCAAAGCCAUUUCUUGUGUACUGCGAGUCCCGCGCUGAUGCUGAGCGCAGUGCUGGCUUCCUGAGGUCUCGAGUGUGCACGAUGCUCAGAAAUAGGAUUAUUUGGGUACAUUCGGGGAUGUCAGACGCGUCAAGAAUGGUGCAUCGGGUAAUGUAA